AUGGCAACCACACUGCAUUUGAUCGGUGGUGGAGGAGGCACUUACUUUGAAUUCCAUGGCAUGGACAACGGUGCCACCCUCAAGAAGAUCGGAGUGGCGGUGGGAGGCUGGCAUGUCAUAGCUGUGCGGGCGGAGCUGACUGACGGGAAAGUAGCGACUUUUGGAGAUGCGAACACUUUCAAUGAGUUUGAGUUCAACCUCGGCGAGCGCAUCACCAAGCUGUCUCUGUGGGGUAACGGCGCCGGCACACGUCUGGGUGCCAUCAAGUUCACGACGAGUGAGAACCGGGAGUUCUUUGAGAAAAUGACCAGCUGGGGACUGAAGACUGAGUACACCAUAGAUGUGGGGUCUGGAAUCUGCCUGGGGCUGCAGGGCAGGUCUGGCUCAGACAUCGACUGCAUGGGCUUCCUCUUCAUCAACACCAUCAAGUCGUCCGUAAUGACUGACAUGGAGUAUCCCACCCUGUCCCUCUUCAAACCCCAGGUGACCCCAGAAUAUGUGAAAUCUGUGUCUCACCAGAACGACACCUCCUUGGUUCUAGAAAAGUCAAUUUCAUACAGCAAGACGCUGACCAAGACUUCCUCCUGGUCCGUCAGCAACAAAAUAGAAUUCACCUUGAAUGUGUCGGUCAAAGCAGGGAUCCCGGAUCUGGUCGAGGUGGCAUCAGGGUUCAGCUUGACCGUGGGAGUGGAGCAAUCCACCAGCCUGCAGAAGACAGAGACCAUAACAGAAUCAGGUACCAUCAACGUGAAGAUCCCUCCAGGGAAGACCAUGGAUGUUGAGAUCAUAAUGGGGAAAGCAAAUAUCGACCUCGACUACGAGGCCAUAGUGAAAGUCACCUGCAUGAAUGGCAGUCAGCUGGUCUUCCCAUCCAAAGGCAUCUACACUGGUGUGGCUUACUCUUCAUUGACCUUAUCCACAAAGGAGAGAUGA